AACGCACCAGUGCCAGACUGUUGACAAGAGAAACGUAGCUAACGUUUACUUACCACACGGCGGAUAACUGCAAGUGAAGACAAGUUUGGGUAUAUCUUUGUCUUUGCGGAAAGAACGAAGAUGCUUGGGUAUAUCUGGCAGUAUGUCUACACAUCCUUCCUGAGAUAUUGGCUGAAGUGGUUCAUCAGACAGGCAACAGGGAAAUGUGAGCUUCAGAGAAUAUGCGGAUACAGGCCUGGUGCAACAAGGACGACAAAAGCAGAAUAUUCUCUCCGCUCAUCAAAGAACAAGGUUUUAAGAGGAGCUUUGGAAACCAACAAGGAUCAUUUAGAGCAAUGUGUGGAUCAAAUAAUGAAAGAAAAGAAUGUGAAACCCCAGAAAGAUCCACUGUUCAAGGAAAGCCUACACAUCUGUCUGUUACAGAUAACCGGAAACAGCAGCUUGUAUAUCUCUGUGGAAGACUUGAGAAAGGAAGUCUUCAACUCGGAGAAUCAAGCACACGAGGCCAUGCUGUUAACGCUGUGGGACCUGCUGAUGCCGACAGUCAAACUGGAGUCGAGGAUAACGAAACAGUGGGGAGACAUCGGCUUUCAAGGAGAUGACCCCAAGACUGACUUCAGAGGAAUGGGCAUGCUGGGCCUCAUCAACCUUGUUUUCUUCAGUGAAAACUACACAGAGGAGGCUCGUCAGGUGUUGUCUCAUGCAAACCAUCCUAAACUAGGGUAUUCAUAUGCCAUCGUUGGGAUCAACUUGACGGAGAUGGCCUACAGCCUCCUGAAGAGCGGAGGUUUGAAACCCCAUUUCUACAACACAGUACUGGGCACAGCUGAGCUCCGGCACUUUCAUCAGCUUUACUGUUAUCUGGCGUAUGAAUUUGAUAAAUUCUGGGUGGCAGAAGAACCAGAAAGCAUCAUGCACUUCAAUCAGUACAGAGAGAAAUUCCAUAACAUAGUCAAGACACAUCUACAGGACCCCGACGUCACCCUCACAUUAACUGUCCGUUCUAAAAACUAAUUCAACUAAUUAUUCAGAAAUAUUCCCUCACAUCUUCAUGGCCCCUGACGUUAUUGACGUCAUAAUCAAUGCCGAACAUUAAAAACAAAACUCAUGCUGAAGCUGGUUAGGCAAAUGGAUCCUCUUAUAUUUGGUUUUGUAGUUCAUUAGUCACUCUCUUGUUACAGUGAGAGUUAAGGGUUUUAAAAAAUAGGGCACAAAUCUAACACCUUUAUACCUCAAAAAUAACCAUUCCAGAGUUUAAUUCACCUUUUGUGACGGGGGACAUGAGAGCUGCGGAGGAGGAGGACUGCAGAGAUAACAGGGUUGGUCUUUUGUGACGAUUGAAGCACUUUCAGUGAGCGAGCAGCCAAAAUGUUGCAGUUAUAAGACGAUUAUAUAAAAAAGGAAAGAAAUGGUGAUUAACUAGCAUAUUUGUAGCUGUCGUGUUUGUAUUUAUGUAAGCAACACUUAUGUGUUCUCACAGUUGUCCCGCUCAGGAAUUAGAUUUUUCUGUCCUAAACUUGUGCAUGUUUUUAUGUGUCCCUGUCGACGGCGUCUUUAUUCUGUAAUAUAGAUGACGUGGAACUCAAAAUGGUUGUUUGCUCUCUGUUUUCAUAAAUGUGUCUGAAGACUGCAUUUUUAUUACCUGUUGUUGUUUUUAUGCUGUGAUUUGCUUUUGAGGAAGUUAUGUACUAAUCUGACUCGGUUAUUAAAUACACGUUCUAAUGUUUUAA